AUGGAGGCGAUCAGGAAGCCCGGGAAGCCCAAGAAAUCGGCAUCCAAGAGCACCAUAUUCGGCUGGUUCCAGGGCACCAAGACAGCCAAGGGCAGAGGAAAGUCGAAGAAAGCGCUGUCGCGAGCGGUGCCCAUCCUGCAGCUCCCCCCAGAACUCAUCCUCCUUGUCCUCGAACUGCUCGAUAUUACCGAUCAGCUCGCCUUCAACCGCACCAACAAGUGGUUCUACUCGGUCAUCAAUACAGAAAUCUACGCCAGAAACGUCCGCUUCGGCGGCUCAACCUGCAUGUUCUGGGGUGCCGAGCAUGGCAGGCUGGGCACCCUGAAGCAUGCCCUCGCUGCGGGGGGGAAUCUUGAUGCUUCGGGGCCGCUGGCUCGCAAGGCAAAGGGGUCGGCGGCGAGCGACACGGAGACAGAAGACAGCGACAAUGACAACACCGACGGCGAUGACACUAACGAUGACGAUGCCGAUGUCGUGCCAGCGACGCGCACGCUGGACUCCAAACUCCAGCCUUAUGCCACCCCACUCCACCUCGCCGCCAAGAAUGGCCAUCGCGAUGUCGUUAUCUGGUUGCUCGACAACGGCGUUGAUAUCAAUGCGCCCUCGUUCCGGGUCUGCUCCUGCCACGCCAUGAAGUUUGACAGGAAUCCCCUGCGAAGGGCUGCCGACUGGCCGAGAUGGCGGCCUCUGCACACUGCCAUGUGUCACAACGAACGACUGGUGGCCGAGCUGUUGAUUCACCGCGGUGCGUCUCUCAGCCUGGAUGCCACCCCGGAACACAACCACAUGGCCUUGCACACGGCUGCCGCCAACGGGUUGGUUCCCGUCAUCAAGCUCCUCGCUCUCAACGACCCCGACCUCGACGCCAACCAGCGUGAUCGGUGGGACAACACAGCUCUUCACUAUGUUGCCGAACUCUUCAGCGCCCGCGGCUCUGCCGACAUCCGAGACACCAUCGCCAAGCUGCUGGCCCUCGGCGCUGAUCUCGAGGCUCACAAUGAGCGUGGUCACACGCCGCUGUUGAAUGCAUGCUUCAGAGGCAAUUUUGCCGUGGCACACAGGUUGGCCAGCAUCGGGGCCAAUCCCGACCCGCACCGAUACAUCCGUAAGUUCCGAGACAUUCGGCCUCUCUACUUUUGCACCCUGCCACGAGCCGACUUCUUCAACCUCGACGACGCUCCAGUGAAGCACGAUGAAUUCGAGGGAAAUCGGGUCUCGCUCAUCCGGGCACUGGUGGAAGGCGGGGCUAGGGUUGACGCACGCUUCGACAAACGUGGCCAUCGUGAGGCCACGGCACUAAUGUUGGCCUGUGAGCUCGCUGAACCACGAGCUGUUGCUAUGCUAGUCAGGUGCGGCGCCUCGGUCAAUGCACAAGAUCGCAGUGGCAGGACGCCGCUGUAUUAUGCGUGCUCGGUCAGGGUCGAUCACCGCGGCGAGGUGGCAGAAAUAGCCGUGCUCCUGAUUCGUCACGGUGCCCGCAUGGAUUUGGAGGAGGAACCGAUGAGCAGCCCGCUUGACUGGGCUGUGAUGCAGCUGCGGUGGACGGAGGACAGGAUUUUGCAGGAGAUGCUCAAGGAGGCCAACGAAAACAGCGUUACCAGGCCGAAACUGAAGGCUGCUCUGAAAAAGUGCGCCUCCAGCGGGAACUACAAGGCUCUCAAGCUGCUGCUAACGUUUGCCGACGAACACUUUGACGUUACAGAUCGGGACGUUAAGUUCUAUCUCGACCUCAUCAUUGAGCAAAGCGACCCGUGGAAUCAAGUGGAGACGCUGGAAACAACUCUCAAUUUCGGGAGGGCCGUAUACAGCAACGAGAUGCUUCUUCUCAAGACGAUUAUGCAAAAGAACAAGGCCCUCAGCAUUGCCGUCUUGAACCGCUUCGUGUCUGUCAGUGAACCAACCUUUCUCGGUGGCCAGACAUACCUGCAUCUUGCAUGCCAGUGGGGAGAGGUAGAGGUUGUGAAGCAGCUUCUGGAGAGGGGUGCGGAUGUGGACGUGUUUGAUGAUGAGCUGAGAACGCCUCUGUCGAUCGCCGUCACGGAAGACCACCCCAACGUCGCCGCUUGCCUCAUGAACGAGGUGGCUGAUCCGUACCUGGUGCCGUCGGAUGAUGUGCUCCAGAAAAUUUAUGAGGAUGACCCUGGUGAGUGGCGCUACAUGAAGAAGAGGUUCCUCACAGCGUUCGACCUCGCCGUCCGAGAGAGCAGAAUCUCUAUCAUUAAGGAGAUACUCAUGCGGUACAACCUACCACCAAUACCGCCUCGCCAGUGGAAGGGCAGCUAUCUUUACCGAGCCUGUCAGAAUCCGAAUCUGACACCGCUGAAACUGAUCUUGGAACGACUAGAAGACUCGGAGGCGGCAGAGAUGUGCUCCAUGAGUAUCCUCAAAGAUGUUUGGAGUGAAAAGAUCAGGAUGGACGUGGCCGUGAGUGCACUGCAAGCGGCCAAGCUGCUGACGGACGUAGCUGUGGUGAGACACUCGCCUCAGUUCUGGGAGCUGGUGCAGGAGAUAGCCAUGUGGGAGGGGGCAGACCUACACAAGCUUACGAUUUGGGAUAUGAUAAUGAAGGAAAUGAGGCUAAAAAUUACGUCUUGCCAUGACAAGGUGGAGGGCGAUCUGGCGAACGCAGAAUUCCCAAAAGGAACGGGCAAGAAACCGAUGGUCUCCAUAACACCCGACAUGACAGACGAGGAACUUCUCGAGUGCGGAUUACCGAUUCCCAAAGAUUGA